CAUCACUAGAUAAACUUCUGCUAUUUUAAAAUGAAGAUGUAAUAAGGAUUUACUUCCUCUUGAAUUCACAAGCGGAUCCAGAAUUUUUGAAUAUGAUGAAGACUGCAAUUGUUUCCCUUUUCUUCUCAGCUCUUAUAUAUUUGAGUUCAGAGAAAUGCAACAUAAUAAUGUGUACAUUACUUGCACGAACAAUGAGUCAGACGGGGAUAACCAGAGAGGAUAUUGAUCCAACAGUCUGCCCUUAUCUAAGAGUCAAGUUCGCUGAAUAUUACAAUGGUGCUCUAGCUGUAGACAAGCGAGUCUCUGAUACCUAUCCAUGGCUAUGGGACGCUAAAGUAAAAAAUCCAAGUAUGAAAAUUGUGCUAACAUUCCUUAAUCCCGUUGGCGACGAUAAAUUUUAUGAGAUGUACAGAACGCCAUACCAAAGACUCAAAUUUAUUCCAUUGCUAGUAACACACUUAAGAAAUAACAAAUUUGAUGGAGUGGAAUUAGACUUGGAUAUGGGAGUAGGACUCAGAAGCCCAGAGCGUUACCAUUUUGAUCGUUGGGCGGAUUUCGUGCAGGUCGUACAAAGUGCUUUGGUAGAUGAAGCUACGCGCUCAGGGAAACCUAAAAUUGUGCUGUUUGGACGAAUCGAUGAGCGAAUAAUGCACAGUUACGAAUUCUAUAACGUUCCUAGGAUGUAUAGACAUUCGGAUCUCGUUAUCUUGGAAGCGUGGCCAUUUUACUCCCAGAAGCUUGGACCUAGAUUUAACAUAUCUUUAACGGGUACACACCACUGCCAAAUUUACAAGACCAAUGAAAAUGACAAAAAUUGA